AUGGCUACCGUGGACACUUUACGGCCUUCCGUAAUUGAAAGUAAACUAAGUGCAAUUGAAUCAAAACUGAGGAACCUUCAUCUCAAUGGCCAUGUUGGAUUUGAUAGUUUGCCUGACCAACUGGUCAAAGAAUCCGUGGCACAGGGGUUUUGUUUUAACAUCCUAUGUUUGGGAGAAACUGGCAUUGGAAAAUCUACUUUGAUGGAUACCCUUUUCAAUACCAAUUUUGAUUCCACUCAAAGUACUCAUGAUCUUCCUGGAGUGAAGCUGAAGUCUAAUACUUAUGAAUUGCAAGAAAGCAGUGUAAGACUAAAGUUGACUGUUGUUGACACUGUUGGAUUUGGGGAUCAAAUCAAUAAGGAAGAUAGCUGGAAACCAAUUGUAGAUUACAUUGAUGCCCAGUUUGAAUCUUAUCUACAAGAAGAAUUGAAGAUUAAGCGCUCUCUUCAUACUUAUCAUGACACCAGAAUUCAUCUUUGUUUGUAUUUCAUUGCACCAACUGGUCAUUCUUUGAAGGCUCUUGACCUGGUGACCAUGAAAAAACUGGAUAGCAAGGUGAACAUAAUUCCUGUCAUUGCAAAGGCUGAUACAAUCACUAAAGUUGAACUGCAUAAGUUCAAGGCAAAGAUAAUGUGUGAACUGAGGACCAAUGGUGUUCAAAUCUACCAAUUUCCCACUGAUGAUGAAACUGUGAAAGAGAUGAAUGCCACCAUGAAUGGCCACCUUCCAUUUGCUGUGGUUGGUAGCAAUGAUGAAGUUAAAGUUGGAAACAAAAUGGUGAAGGCAAGGCAGUAUCCAUGGGGCACAGUCCAAGUUGAAAAUGAGAAUCACUGUGAUUUCGUGAAACUGCGUGAAAUGCUUAUCCGAACCAAUAUGGAGGAUCUGAGAGAGACUACACACAAGACUCAUUAUGAACUUUAUCGGAGACAUAAGCUAGAAGAAAUGGGUUUCUCUGACAAUGAAUCUAAGAGCCUCUCAGAGACCUAUGAAUUAAAACGUCAGCAGCACUUGUCUGAACUCCAGAAAAAAGAGGAGGAAAUGAGACAAACAUUCGUUAUUCGUGUCAAGGAAAAGGAAGCUGAACUAAAGGAUGCUGAAAAGGAGCUUCAUGCCCGUUUUGAAGCUUUGAAAAAACAGCAUAAUGAAGAAAAGAAAAAGCUGGAAGAAAGCAAACCAAAAUGUUUUGUAUUAUCAUUCUCCUCUUCUUUUUCUCUCUCUCCUUUAUUCUGUUUCCUUCUUUCAUGUAACUUCAGUAUCUGUCAUUGUUUUAAUGUGCAAUAA